UGGCGGCCUGGUGCUCCUGAAGGUGAAGGCGAAGGUCCGGCGGUACCUGCGGCAGCGGCGGACAGUGCCCAUCUUGUUUGCCUCUACGGUACAGCGCCACCCUAACAAGACAGCCCUGAUCUUUGAGGGCACAGACACACACUGGACCUUCCGCCAGCUGGAUGACUACUCGAGCAGUGUGGCCAACUUCCUGCAAGCCCGGGGCCUGGCCUCCGGCGACGUGGCUGCCCUCUUCAUGGAGAACCGCAAUGAGUUCGUGGGCCUGUGGCUGGGCAUGGCCAAGCUGGGCGUGGAGGCGGCCCUGAUCAACACCAACCUGCGGCGGGACGCCCUGCGCCACUGCCUGACCACCUCCCGGGCCCGGGCCCUCAUCUUUGGCAGCGAGAUGGCCCCAGCUGUCUUUGAGAUCCGUGGCAGCUUGGACCCUUCAAUCAGCCUCUUCUGCUCUGGUCCGUGGGAGCCCAGCCUAGUGCCUGCCAGCACGGAGCACCUGGACCCUUUGCUGGAAGAUGCCCCCAAGCACCUGCCCAGUCGCCCUGACAAGGGCUUCACAGAUAAGCUCUUCUACAUCUACACAUCGGGCACCACGGGGCUGCCCAAAGCUGCCAUCGUGGUGCACAGCAGGUAUUACCGCAUGGCUGCCCUGGUGUACUACGGAUUUCGCAUGCGGCCCGAUGACAUUGUCUACGACUGCCUCCCACUCUACCACUCCGCAGGAAACAUCGUGGGAAUCGGGCAGUGCCUGCUCCAUGGCAUGACAGUGGUUAUCCGGAAGAAAUUCUCAGCCUCUCGGUUCUGGGAUGAUUGUAUCAAGUACAACUGCACAAUUGUGCAGUAUAUCGGCGAGCUGUGCCGCUACCUCCUGAACCAGCCGCCGCGGGAGGUGGAAAAGCGGCACAAGGUGCGCAUGGCGCUGGGCAACGGCCUCCGUCAGUCCAUCUGGACCGAAUUUUCUGGUCGCUUCAACAUCCCCCAGGUGGCCGAGUUCUAUGGGGCCACUGAGUGCAACUGCAGCCUGGGCAACUUUGACAGCCAGGUGGGAGCCUGUGGCUUCAACAGCCGCAUCCUGUCCUUCGUGUACCCGAUCCGGCUGGUACGUGUCAACGAGGACACCAUGGAGCUGAUCCGGGGGCCCGAUGGUGUCUGCCUCCCCUGCCAGCCAGGUGAGCCAGGCCAGCUGGUGGGCCGCAUCAUCCAGCAGGACCCCCUGCGGCGCUUCGAUGGCUACCUCAACCAGGGCGCCAACAAUAAGAAGAUCGCCAAAGAUGUCUUCAGCAAGGGGGACCAGGCUUACCUCACCGGUGAUGUACUGGUGAUGGAUGAGCUGGGCUACCUGUAUUUCCGAGACCGCACGGGGGACACGUUCCGCUGGAAAGGCGAGAAUGUGUCCACCACGGAGGUGGAGGGCACACUUAGCCGCCUGCUAGACAUGGCCGAUGUGGCAGUAUAUGGGGUCGAGGUUCCAGGAACCGAGGGCCGAGCCGGAAUGGCUGCUGUGGCCAACCCCACUGGCAGCUGCGACCUGGAGCACUUUGCACAGCUGCUGGAGAAAGAGCUGCCCCUCUAUGCCCGUCCCAUCUUCCUGCGCCUCAUGCCUGAGCUUCACAAAACAGGUCUGUCUCCUCCCCUGUCCAACGUGCAGUUGCAGGCCUAGGCUCC